AUGGAAUUACUUUAUACAUUACUUCAAAGUUUAAACACCAAGAAACUUAUUAAUAUUGCAAUUGACAGAUAUGCAGCAGUUGGAAAAACAACAGUUAGAGAAACAAUUGUGAAUCAAUAUGAUUAUCAGUUUAUUGAUUCUGGGUUAUUUUAUCAAUAUGUUGGUUAUUAUCAUAAUGAUUACUUAAUUGACCAAAUUAAAGCAGCUCAGAUAUCAACAAAUAACAAAUUACAUGAUAUUAUAAAUGAAACAAUUAGAAAAAUAGUCAAGAAUAAAGGAUUUGUUGUAGUUGGAUGUAAUAUCACCACACUUUGUUUACCUGAUGCUGAAGUAAAAAUAAUUUUAUCAGCAGAUAUAGAAACUCAUGUAGCUUGA